ACCUGAGCAGGACAGAACAGCCUUGAACUGAGUGAGCUAACUGGCACCAUGAAAAUAUCAGGUGUCUUUCUGCUCCUCUCUCUGGCUCUUUUCUGCUUUUUCUCAGGUGUCUUCAGUCAAGGAGAUCAGGACAAAAGAGCCUGGAUCACAAGAUCAGAGGGCCCAUUGCAAGGGAGAGGUGGCUUGAGAAGGCUUCUCCUUAAAGUUGACUGUGGUGAUUUCAAGGAUCCCAAGGUCUACUGCACUCGGGAAUCUAACCCCCACUGUGGCUCUGAUGGCCAGACAUACGGCAAUAAGUGUGCCUUCUGCAAGGCAGCGGAGAAAAGUGGUGGGAAGAUCAGCCUAAAGCAUUAUGGAAAAUGCUGAAUCCGAGCCAGCGUUUUGUGCUGACCUGCCAGCUCUCUCCGCCUUCCUUCCUUGCUUCUGCUUUGAUUUUUCUCUAGCAGAUUUCUUAAAUUUAUAAAAAAAACCACUUU